AUGUUGUUGUUGUUUUUUUCAUCAUCAUCAUCAUCAUCAUCAUCAUCAUCAUCAUCAUCAUCAUCAUCAUCAUCAUCAUCAUCAUCAUCAUCAUCAUCAUCAUCAUCAUCAUCAUCAUCAUCAUCAUCAUCAUCAUCAUCAUCAUCAUCAUCAUCAUCAUCAUCAUCAUCAUCAUCUCCAUCAUCAUUACAAUCAUUGUUGUUGUUGUUGUUUUGGUUGAAAUGUUCGAUUUGGUCAUGA